UUCAUAGUUCCCAUUCGCCGGUGCUUCUGCUUGCGAAUCAGCUCAGCUGGAUUUGUGAUGGUAUCAUUGAUCACUUCUUUUCAAUGGCAGCGUUGAGAUUGAUAAGUAUAGCCGGCUUCUCUGAAUAUUCUGGUUUAUAAUAGUCUCGCUCUCGAUAAUGUGCUUUGAACAGUAUUGAUCUCUGUGUUAUAUUGUCCAUAUGGUGAAUCGCACAUGCUUCAAGUCAUGUGAUGAUGUCUCUGUUGUAGCUCCUCUUGAAACUUGAACCUUUUCCUUUGGUUUGUUUUUUCCCAAAGUCGCUUUCUCCUAGUUCUGUAUUACUCUGCUGGUUUUAUCCAAUCAAUCAGGUCGGUUUGGAUUCUACAGGGACACUGUGAAAGCUUCCCAGCAAAUCUGAUGGCAUCUGGGACUCAAAUAGUGUUUCUUUAUUGAUGUUCUGCCCACAGAUCUUAAACGUUAAGCAUCCAAAGAUGCAUUAAUUAACGAUAACAUGGGGAUGAGGUCCAUGUGCCUCUGCAACACCUCUUGGGCUAAUCACAUUCUGUUGCUUCCCUUAAGUUACUGCCUGCAACAUUGAAAGAAACCCAAUCUGCAGUCAUUAUAAUAAUAGUAAAUUAUCAGAUAUUGUGGUAAAAGAGCAUUAGAGCAAGGUGGUUUUGAUGGCUAUAAAUAGUAUGGUCCGUGCAAUGUUUGUUUUGUGUGAUAAAAGUGAGGAUGGGUCGUCUUUCGUUUACUCUUUGCCUCACCUUUCUGGUUAUGGCCACUGUAACAUUUGGUGUACCUCCUAAAAAGUCCAUUAAUGUUCCUUUCGGAAGGAACUAUUUCCCCACUUGGGCUUUUGAUCACAUUAAGUACCUAAACGGUGGUUCUGAAGUGCAUCUUGUCCUCGAUAAGUACACUGGCACUGGCUUUCAGUCCAAAGGUUCCUACUUGUUUGGCCACUUCAGUAUGCACAUAAAGAUGGUUGCUGGGGACUCUGCUGGAACUGUGACCGCCUUCUAUUUGUCAUCCCAGAACUCAGAACAUGAUGAGAUAGACUUUGAGUUUCUAGGAAACAGAACCGGCCAGCCUUACAUUCUGCAGACAAACGUGUUCACAGGAGGCAUAGGCAACCGAGAGCAACGGAUCAACCUCUGGUUUGACCCUUCCAAGGACUACCAUUCCUAUUCAGUUCUUUGGAACAUGUAUCAGAUUGUGUUCUUUGUGGAUGAUGUGCCGAUACGAGUGUUCAAGAAUAGCAAAGACAUUGGGGUGAAGUUUCCAUUCAACCAGCCGAUGAAGAUAUACUCGAGUCUUUGGAACGCAGAUGACUGGGCCACAAGGGGAGGGUUAGAGAAGACCAACUGGGCAAAUGCUCCUUUUGUUGCUUCCUACAGAGGCUUCCACGUUGAUGGGUGUGAGGCUUCAGUGAAUGCUAAGUUCUGCGAGACUCAGGGAAAACGUUGGUGGGAUCAGAAAGAGUUCCAGGACUUGGACGCUAAUCAGUACAAGCGUCUCAAAUGGGUUCGUACGAGAUACACCAUCUACAACUAUUGUACUGACCGCGUCCGAUUCCCCGUGCCUCCUCCUGAGUGCCGCAGAGACCGCGACAUUUAGUGUUUUUUCAGACUUUAACUAGAUUAUUUUUCCAGUGUAUGGCAAAAUUAUCAACUUUCUUAUGUUUAUUCUUCUUGCAAGUAUAAACAUGAUCUAGAACAGCUUAAAAUGUUA